UCUAAGAAACAAUUACAUGUCAAGUAACCGCGACAGUUUGUUGUUUGCAUCGUAACUUCGACCAUAACCUUUUAUAUUAAUCAGGACUCAUGACUUCACGUCGCGAUUUCAGCAAGGGAAAUUACGUUUUUCCUUCAGAUUCAGAUUUUCUGAAGGUGGAUUUUGGCAGCGUUUGUGAGAACAACGGCUCGGAAAACAAGUGAUGAGCGGAUCUACUUGGUGAUGCAGCCGGUUGGCACGUGCCCCCCGGAGGGCGGAGGCAUACGCGAGCAGACGGUGACGUAGUUUGUUGCUAUGUGAGCGCACAUGAAGCCCCGCGCUGUUGUUGCUUGGAUCAGUUUACUACUGGAGCACCACCGAGACACAACAGGGAGAGACGCUCUGCCGGACCUCAACUGACCCCCCGACGCUUCCUCCGGACCGCCGCCGAUCACUUCCCUCCCGGGUCAAGCCGUGACUCGUCAACAUGGACCUCUGAGUUCUGGGUCGAACACGUGAAACCCAAGUCGUGCUUUGCUUUAGCAACGCACCCCAAGAGUUCCGCAAGAAUGGAGUGUCACAAUGCUCGCCCUACCCUGCUUUCCGCCGCCCAUCUGUCAGACCGGACUCACCCCCGAAACCAGCUUGGACUGGGACUGAAUCGCAGCACCAGCAGAAAUCAUGGCGACAUCAUUAACCAUUUGGGGGACUCGUGGCGUUUGCCUGGCAGACCCCCGUGCUCUCUCUCACCCACAGGCUAACAGCCAAUCAGAGGGGAGCAGGGGGGCGGUGCCAGGGGAGAGUCAGCACUUCAUUGGUGAGUGGAGGCAACUUCGCUUUUUUUCAUAUCGAUCUCAGUUUCAGGUGGGCUUGGCACUGCGGCACUCGUUCUUCGUGAACAGUGAUGGUCUCAGCGACUGGAUGACUGAAGAAGUGGAUUUCUCCUCGUACCUCCCGAACCCUCCCUCCCCUCCCUCCUCCAACGGUCACUCCCUUCCCCCGUCUCCCCUCCAUCAUGACAUCCAGGUGCCCUCCGACUUGGAGGUCAUGACCUCUCUGCUGCAGGAGGAACUUGCUCAAUUGGAAGACUACUUCCUGUCGGAUCCGUUGCCCGAGAAAGUGCCUCAGGUGGGAAGAUGUGAGCGGGAUUCAUUGCUACAGAGUCCUCAGUCCUUCAUUCAGUUGCCGUACACCUCGUACCCCUCCUCUACCCAACCUGAACCUAGCCCCCUUCUGGUUACCUUGGCGACGGGAGAGCUAGACCUCUUGAGCAUCUGCGGAGGGCCCGUGGGGCGAUCCAAAAUACCCAGACCUGCCCCGUACAGCUCUAGUCGGCCAAGCGGGACCAGUAGAAAGCGCAUCGCUGAAGUCCAAAAUGGAGGGUUGAAGGGGAACAACGCGGGGACAACGGUCCCAUCUCUCCUCGGCAGUUACCUCUGUGUGAGCCAAGACCAAGUGGCAGGGAGAAGUUGCGGUUCCGUUGAGGUCAGAAGAGGCUCCGACUUAGCAAGAGAAGAGAAGAACUGUUGCUUCGGUCAGGAGGGUCAGAAGUCGAUGACUGCUGGAUUUGGUUUUUCUGGGUCCCAUUAUGAGCCGCUGAAGAAAGAAGACCUGUUGAUGUUCAGCAUGACCGAGGUGAGCGUCGAUGCGGACAGGGAGGCGGCGAAAACCACCAUCGCGUGGAAGAGCGGCGAGUCCUGCUAUCUUUCACCGCAGGCGGAGGUCUGUCACGGCUUCUUGGGGAACAUCCACCCGCAGGUCAAGGCUGAAGCUCUGCAGAUCCAGCAGCAGCACCACGCCCACUGCUCUUUCCUGGAGGAUCCCGGUCCAGAUUGUUCCGCUCUGCCCAGCGACAGUCCGAGCCCAGAGUCCCUCGGGGCCGGACCAGCAUGCCGCCUGAAAGAGGACCUCAACUUCCAUCUGGAUCUGGUUCCGCACGAGAGCGGAGAGCGCAAACAGAAGAAGAGAGAUCAGAACAAAACUGCCGCCCACCGGUAUCGUCAACGAAAAAGAGCGGAGUUGGAAUCUCUGGAGGAGCAACUCCACCGACUGGAAGGGAGAAACCGAGAGCUGCGGGACAAAGCAGAGUCCGUGGAACGAGAGAUCCAGUACGUCAAAGACCUGCUGAUUGAGGUUUACAAGGCGCGGAGCCAGAGGUCCAAACCGGACUCUGUGACCCCGCGUCAACAUAGCUGAUGCUAACCAGCCGUUAUCUCAUGUCCGCACACACACACACCCACACACACACAAACAAACACUUCCACCUCUAAACCCAACACUGUUGCUUCUACUAAAACAUAACUCCUUCACAUGGAUCCAGCGGGGUUCACGCAGUGGAAGAAGAGCCUGUGCCGACGGUGGAAGUUUUUACACCGGCAGCGCUUUGUUUAGACGUGAGCACGCAGGUAAAAUGACAAUCAAUGUCCAUCCAUGAACAAGAAGCACUGAGACUGAAGUGUCUUUUGCUCUGUUGAGUCGCGUCGACACCUCUGCGUCUGUCUACAGUCCUUCAGGGUCGUUCCAAAGUCUUGACUUUUCCUUUGUGUUCUUUCAAGCCGUCGGUCUGUUGUUCGUGUCAGCGCGACCUAUUCGACCAUUUAGAAGACAAUCGUGAGUGAACGUGGUCGAGUUGACCAAAGUGGUUUAGUGGUUCCAUGAAGACUUUAGUUCUUUAAAAUAUUAACAUUGUGAUCUGUGCUAGGUGUUAAAAUAUGCUCAACUCAUUUAAUGUCGCGUUUUCAGGAGGCUGAUGUCUAAAGUGUCGUCGGCGAUAAUGUUCCUUUAUCAACUCUGAUGUGUCAACAUUUAAACUUGUGUUUGUUUGAAGAUUUGAAUCAAAUAAAGUUUGUAUGGCACUUUCUGCGUGGAAAUUUGGGUUCAUGU